CCAUUAUCAUACUGUAUUUGUAAGCUGUUGGAGCGGUCGCCCCAUUGCUCUGCUACUCGUCCAUCUCGUGUGUCGAAUUUUGUGCAUUUCUCUUUCCCAAAAAAUGGCAAACAUUGGACGUAUGCUAGCUUCUCGCGUUGCGAGUCAGUUGGUGCGCAAUGUGGCUGCCAACCAGCAGCAGCAACAGGCUAACCUGCUGCGAUUCUACAGCAGUGCUCCCAAGUCGUACGAAUUCAUCAAAGCCGAGCUGGCGGGAGAGAAGAAAAAUGUUGCCCUGAUUACGUUGAACCGCCCGAAAGCGUUGAACGCUUUGUGCAAUGGAUUGAUGGCGGAAGUGAACGACGCUUUGGAUCGAUACGAAGCGGACGAUUCGAUCGGUGCGAUUGUCAUCACUGGUAGCGAGAAGGCGUUUGCCGCCGGUGCCGAUAUCAAGGAGAUGCAGCCCAACACUUACGCUAAGUGCAUCAACACUGACUUUCUGGCCAAUUGGACGCGUGUGGCCAAGGCGCAGAAGCCCAUCAUUGCUGCCGUGAACGGAUACGCGCUUGGCGGUGGCUGCGAGUUUGCGAUGAUGUGCGACAUCAUUUAUGCCGGCGAUAAGGCCCGCUUUGGCCAGCCAGAAAUCGCGCUCGGUACGAUUCCCGGUGCCGGCGGUACCCAGCGCACCACCCGCGCUAUGGGCAAAUCAAAGGCGAUGGAGAUGUGCCUUACCGGAAACAUGAUUACUGCAGAGGAAGCUGAACGUAACGGACUGGUCAGCAAGGUGUUCCCGGCCGAUAAGCUGGUGGAGGAGGCCGUCAAAUUGGGCGAGAAAAUUUCCACAUUCUCCCCGCUGAUCGUGCGUCUUUGUAAGGAAGCGGUCAACUCGUCGUACGAAAUGUCGUUGAACGAGGGAUUGCGCUUCGAGCGUCGUCAUUUCCAUGCUACGUUCUCGACAAAGGAUCGUUUGGAGGGCAUGAGCGCAUUCGUCGAGAAGCGUGCACCGAAGUUUUCCAACGAAUAAGACGCACGGAUAAGCAUUCCCAACACUUUUCAGACGGGAUUCGAGCGACGUUGUCCUGCCAUGCCCGGUCCCGGCCAUUAUUAACACCAGUUGCAUUUACUAUGAACGAAGAAGGAGUCAAUCGAAGAAGAUUCUGUUUUUGGGCAUAGCUUAUUUUUAUACACAGAUUUUUGCAAAGUGAAGCAUUACGAGAUAACAAUAAACCGAAUAAAAUUCGCAUAGUAACACUGUU